AUGUCAGGUACUGCACCAAGUGACAAAAGAGGCAAGUCAGGUUCAAACAAGAGAUUAGACAAUAACAAUAAAGAUUUGAUAUGUAAUCAUAUAAAAUCCUUUAAAGGACGGCAAAGUCACUACAGCUUGAAUGAUACAAAAAAAAAAUAUCUACCUGAGGACCUAAACAUAAAGAAAAUAUAUAAGUUGUACUUAGAUGCAUACAAGUCACAAAAUCAUGUAUCUUAUGAAACUUACAGAACCAUCUUUAAUACAGAGUUUAAUAUAUCAUUUGGCUAUCCCAGGACUGAUACCUGUAGUGCUUGUGAUGAAUUCAAAAUAAAAGCGAAGGCAUUGAGAGCUGAAGGAAAUAUUGUAGAACUUAAUCGGUUAACUAUUCUGAACAAUUUGCACAAGAAAAAGGCUCAAACAUUUUAUGAUCGUAAGAAAAAUGCAAGAAUCAAGAGCAAAACAGAUGUGGAAUUUCAAGCAAUUGCCAUGGACUACCAGAAGAAUGUGUCGUUGCCAAACAUCACCACAAGCAAUGUCUAUUACAAACGUCAAUUAUCAAUGUACUCUUUUAAUAUUCAUGCAUUGGGUGAUGCAAGCUCCUAUUUUUACACCUAUCUAGAAACCUGUGGAUGUAAGGGUUCAGAUGAAGUGGUUUCAUUUAUCAGUUCUGUUUCAAUAUUUAACAAACCACCUGGAUAG